AUGAAUUGUCUAAAGGCGAACCAUCAGGCACAAGAAUGCCGAUCUAUUCAUUGUCGUAAAUGUCCGAAGAAGCAUCAUACUCUAUUGCAUUCGGACUCGCAACGUUCAGCAUCCAGUAUCUCGCCGCAGCCCUCGACAAGCGUAGCGCUCCAUGCUCACACUUUAACUCAGGUAGUUUUGUCAACCGUGAAAAUCUCAAUUGAAGAUCGACAAGGACAGCGACAUAUUUGUCGAGCACUGAUUGACCCAGGCGCGCAAUCGCAUUUCAUUACGGAGAAAUUCGUCGAAAAACUACAGCUUGUUAAACGAAAAACUAGCAUCCCCGUCACAGGUUUAAAUCAAGUACCAACUAAUAUAAGACACGUGAUUGAUACAAGGAUCAAUUCAAUCGACAACGAAUACAACAGGAAAUUGACAUUUUUGAUUAUCCCUGAAAUCACCCAGCAGCUUCCAUGUCAGCCAAUCGAUGCUGCACGACUUGAUUUACCGGAAAACCUGCCAUUGGCCGAUCCUGCCUUCCACAUUCCUGCCAAGAUCGACGCUUUAUUAGGAAUGGAAAUCUUUUAUGAUCUCCUUCGUAAUGGUCAAGUUAAGAUUGGACGUCACGGAGCAAUCUUACAGAAUUCACAAUUAGGAUGGUUAAUCGGAGGUCGAGCAUUAGCAGAAAGUUACACGCAAGGCUCCCAUUGUUAUUUAAACACAACUUCACUGCACAAACAAAUGGCACAAUUUUGGGAGAUUGAAGAGGGACCAGAGGCGACAAGGCACUCCCCAGAAGAGGCAGCAUGCGUUAAACAUUUCCAUGAAAAUAUUGAGCGUGAUCAUACAGGUAGAUUCGUUGUAAGGCUUCCUUUCAAUCAAAAUAUUAAUAAUCUUGGGGAAUCCCAUCAGAACGCACGGCGUCGAUCUUACGCGUUAGAGAAAGAGCUACAGCUGAAUCCAGAAAUGAAGGAACAUUACAUCAGUUUUAUGCAGGAGUAUAUUACUUUACAACACUUGGAAUUAAUUUCGAAAACUGCUAGAUCAAGGGAAGGUUAUUAUUUACCGCACCACCCAGUCAUAAAGGAAGAUAGCUCAACAACAAAGGUCAGAGUAGUCUUCGAUAGAUCCGCGAGAACAACGUCAGGUCUCUCCUUAAAUGAUAUGUUGAUGUCUGGACCGACAGUUCAAGAUGACGUUUUCACCCUCCUAGUGCGAUAUCGCUCAUUUCCGGUUGUUCUUUCCGCUGACGUCGAAAAAAUGUUCCGUCAGAUAUGGAUACAUCCAGAGGAUCGCACAUAUCAACGCAUCUUGUGGCGAGAGAAACCAGAGGAUGAACUGAAAACUUGUGUUCUAAAAACGGUCUCUUACAGAUUAAAACCAUCUCCCUAUUACGCCGUAGGAGUAUUGCGAACUUUAGCGAAACAAUAUGAAUCCAAAUUUCCUCGUGCGGCAGCAGCGACUUUGCGAGAUUUUUAUAUGGACGAUCUCCUUUCUGGUGCAGAUACCCACGAGGAAGCAGCUUUACUCAGGCAUGAACUAAUCCAAUUAGUGAAAGAAGGAGGAUUUUAUUUAAGGUAG